GGGGUUUUGCAGUCUCCUGAUUUCCUCUUGCUCCCAAGGAGCCAGCCUGGGCAAUCUCCUUUGUAGUUUCAGAAGCAAGUCUGUUGCCCUGAAGGUCCCGUUCUGAGCCUCUGAGCCGUGGAGUCUAAAGGUAACCACUUGUUUUUCCUUUCAAAGAUCUGCCCCAAGGAUAGCCUGGAAAGCCUGAUUGGUAGGAUUCCUUCAGGGGCUCAGCCCAAAGCGCUUCCUCCCAUCCCCUCACCAACUUCAAAACCAAACCUUGCCAAGAACCUCUGGAGGAAAACCUGCUUGAUUCCAUCAUUUCACACAAAUGGCUAAUCCUGGAGGAGGUGCUGUUUGCAAUGGGAAUCUGCACAAUCACGGGAAACAGAGCGACAGCUCAUCUAGUGGAAACUGCGUGAAGAAUGGGAUCGUGAAAGAAGCCCAGCAAAAUGGGAGGCCGCAUUUUCAUGAUAAGCCAAUUGUUGAAUCCUUUGAGGAAGCACCUCUUCACGUUAUGGUUUUCACUUACUUGGGAUACGGACUUGGAACCCUAUUUGGCUAUCUCAGAGACUUUUUGAGGAGCUGCGGGAUAGAAAAGUGUAACGCAGCCAUAGAGCGAGAAGAACAAAAAGAUUUUGUGCCGCUUUAUCAAAACUUUGAGAAUUUUUACACGCGGAACCUGUACAUGAGAAUCCGAGACAGCUGGAACCGGCCCAUCUGCAGUGCCCCGGGGUCUCGGUUUGAUGUGAUGGAGAGGGUGUCGGAUGACUACAACUGGACAUUUAGGUUCACUGGAAGAAUCAUCAAAGAUGUCAUCAACAUGGGCUCGUAUAACUUCCUUGGCCUGGCUUCCAGUUACGACGAAUCUAUGAGGACAGUGAAGGAUGUUUUAGAGGAGUAUGGCUUAGGUGUGGCCAGCACCAGACAUGAAAUGGGAACCUUGGAUAAGCAUGAAGAAUUGGAGAACCUUGUAGCUAAGUUCCUGAAUGUAGAAGCAGCUAUGGUCUUUGGGAUGGGAUUUGCAACUAACUCAAUGAAUAUCCCUGCACUAGUCGGAAAGGGAUGCCUCAUUUUAAGCGAUGAGUUAAACCAUGCAUCUCUUGUACUCGGGGCCCGACUUUCAGGUGCAACCAUAAGGAUCUUCAAACACAACAACAUGCAAAGCCUAGAGAAGCUCCUGAGAGAUGCUGUAAUCUAUGGCCAGCCUCGAAUCCGCAGAGCGUGGAAAAAGAUUCUCAUCCUAGUGGAGGGCAUUUACAGCAUGGAAGGUUCCAUCCUGCAUCUGCCCCAGAUCGUGGCUCUAAAGAAGAAAUACAAGGCUUACCUCUACAUAGAUGAAGCUCACAGUAUUGGGUCCGUGGGCCCAACCGGCCGGGGUGUUGUCGAAUUCUUUGGACUGGACCCUCGAGAUGUUGAUGUGCUUAUGGGCACGUUCACCAAAAGCUUUGGAGCUGCGGGGGGUUACGUAGCUGGAAGGAAGGGUAGCAACAGAAAACAAGCAGGGACAACUGGAUCAAUCAACACCCUCCUUCUUGGGUUGCAGAGAGUACGGCAACUUGCCAAAAACACAAGAUACUUCAGACAGAGACUGAAUGAGAUGGGAUUCAUUAUCUAUGGCAAUGAGGAGUCUCCCGUCAUUCCCCUGCUCCUUUACAUGCCUGCUAAAGUAGCGGCUUUUGCAAGGCAUCUAUUAAAUAGAAAAAUUGGGGUUGUGGUCGUUGGAUUUCCAGCCACUCCCCUCGCAGAAGCUCGGGCUCGGUUUUGUGUUUCAGCGGCACAUACCCGGGAGAUGCUAGACACGGUUUUGGAAAACCUGGAUGAAAUGGGUGAUCUCCUGCAACUGAAGUAUUCUCGACACAGGAAGUCAGCGCGCCCUGAACUCUACGACGAGACAAGCUUUGAACUGGACGAUUAAGUUUCCUGGUCCUGAAUUGCACCUAAAGGCUUUGCCAGAAAGACCCUCCCCCUUUGUGCCUCAAAAGAAAUAUAAAUGGAUUUCUCCCCCCUUUCUAAGGACAAUUUUGGUUUCCAAACCAGCUUAAUUGAACUGAAGGAAAUGUGUUUUUAAAAAUGUCUCCAACUCGGGAUUGCAGAGACAAAAAUAAGGUUCCAGAUUUUAACUUUCUCCUCCCCAGUAUCCUGCUACAAAUACACACACACACACACACACACACUUCCUAGAACAUUUUUAAUGGCAAUGAGCCUGUGUUUUAGCUGCUACUGUGCAGACUCUUUGGUCCAGACUCUUUCAGGCAUUCCAACCAAAUGAGAGGGUUUUGGUUUUUAAUUCAGUAGAUCUCACUAUGUGUGUACUUAUUUCAUCUGCAGAUGUGAGCAAGGGUGGUGGGCAGUAGCUGACCUCCUUGUUUCACCCAUGAAUGGCCCAGCUAGAACUCCUCUGUAACAUGGGGAGCUCCAGGCAGGAGGGUAAAGAAAUGUUGCUUCUACCAUUUGCCACAUUUGGACUUUUUCCAAGGACGAGUGUCAAAAGCCAUAGUUAAUGUUUGAAGGGAGAGAGCAGGACUGGCCAGCAUCGACUCGAGACGUCUUUGAAGGAAACUUUCCUUUUCCUCUUGCUGGUCUCCUACAGUUUUACAGCUGAGCUUUUGAGGUUUGGAAAAUUCAAGACUUUUGUUUCAUAAGGAAGGGGGCAGAAAGCAAACACAAGCCAAUUGUAGGCUUAGACUCAAACUGUAAUGUUAUAAUAACUGGAAGGUUGUCAGUGCCAUGCGGAGUGAAUGUUUAGCUUGCAUACAUAACCCUUGUUACUUUAAGGAAUGAGUUGUCAUUUUCCUAUUAAAUUUUGAGUAAAUG